AUGAGUAAAAGACCAAUAUCUGUAGACGAGUUAAUUGGUAAGAUACAGCCAACCCAGGCACUAUCAAAGCCAAAAUUUUUAUCUAAACAGGAAAGGCAAAAAUUAAGUCUACAGAGAAACCAAGACAUACAAGAUAAAAAGCGUCAACAAACAGUCAUUAAUAAUGGAACUAAGAGAAGAUACAGUAAUCCAAUUGAGGUUACUUCUGAAUCAAAGAAUAUAAGAAAGAAGCUGAAAAAAGGUAAGAACUUCAAUUUCGACUGGGAUGAAGAGGAAGAUACAUCUUUAAAUUAUCAACCAUUAGUUAGAUAUGAUACUAGCGCCAACCCACCUGAACUUGGCCUCACCGACAAGCAUUGGUCCGAAAAGCAAUUAGAAGAAAUGACCACCCGAGAUUGGAGAAUCUUUAAAGAAGACUAUAAUAUAACCUCUAAAGGGGGUGAUAUUGACAACCCAUUAAGGUCUUGGGCUGAAUCAAAAUUGCCUACGAAAUUAUUAAACAUUUUAAUUAAAGAUUUGGAUUAUGAUAGUCCUACUCCAAUCCAAAGAGCAUCUAUACCAUUAGCAUUAAAUGCGAGAGAUAUAGUAGGUAUAGCAGAAACUGGUUCUGGUAAAACGUUAGCAUUUUUGUUACCCUUAUUUUCGUAUAUCUUGUCCGUUGAUUCCAAUUACUUAUCAUAUGAGCAUCAACAAGAAUCAAAUUUCAAUAAACCCCUUGGUUUAAUUUUAGCUCCAACGAGAGAAUUGGCGCUACAAAUCACAAAAGAAGCAAAACUAUUUGGAGACAAACUUAACAUGAAUGUUGUCACUAUAAUUGGAGGUCAUCAAUAUGAAGAAACGGUCCAUAGCGUUCGUGAUGGUGUUCAUAUAGUAGUUGCCACUCCUGGUAGAUUAAUUGAUUCGUUAGAGCGUGGAAUUAUCAACUUGAGUAAAUGCUACUUUUUUACCAUGGAUGAGGCUGAUAAAAUGAUCGAUAUGGGGUUCGAAAAAUCAUUACAAUCAAUCCUAACUUACUUACCUACUAGUGAAGAACUUCAAACUACUAUGGAUGGAAGGAUCUUUAAUAUUAAGAAAAGAAUAACCUUAAUGUUUACAGCGACAAUUUCUCCUCCAAUUGAGAAAAUUACUAAAAACUACUUAAUCAAACCUGGUUAUUUGUUCAUUGGAAAUGUGGGUGAAGCUGUCGAUAAUAUUAAUCAACAAUUCGAAUAUUUCGGCUCUCAGCAUACAUCUGAUGGAAUUUUAGACCCUAAGAAAAUGGAUAAAUUAUUUAGUAUAUUGAGAUUUCACAAAGAUCAAAACAGAAACUAUUCUAUAAUCAUAUUUGCUAAUUUCAAGAAGACUUGUGAAGAGUUAUCAUUUGAACUAGGUAGGAAAGGUUUUUCUGAGAACACCGUGAUUCAUGGGUCUAAGUCUCAAGAAGCUCGUGAACGAGCAAUUGAGAGUUUUCGUGAAGGAAAAGAUAGAAUAUUAAUUGCAACCGAUGUUGCUGCAAGAGGUAUUGAUAUACCCAACGUUUCAUUAGUAGUGAACUACCAAAUGACUAAAAAGUUUGAUGAGUAUAUUCAUAGAAUUGGAAGAACUGGACGUGCUGGCAAUAAAGGUACAAGUUGUACAUUCAUUGAUGAUGGAGACUCAGAGGUCUUUCUAGAUUUGAAAAAGUUUUUAAAUAAAGGUAACAAAAAAUGUCCGGAAUGGUUAUUAAAACAUGCUUCUACCCAAUCACAAAUAUUACGAGAUUAA